AUGAUCCCGAGUGUGCGGGCCAGCACCGCAUGGCAUCGUCGCUGCGCUGCUGGCAGUACUACUGUAGUCGUCGCCACCUGCUGCCACUCAGUCGCAGCAUGGGCAAUUACACUUGUCCGCAGUAGCGUAACCGUCUCGGGCAGCUCAUGGUCGGAACCUGCCAUUUCCAGACGACCACUCACCUCAGAAGGUAGUGAAAGGACAGCACUGUUUGCUGCGCUGCCACUGCCGCCGAUUUAUCUCUUUCUGCGACAUAACUGGUAUCCGCCGCCACUGGUUUUCCAGUUGCCUACUUCGGAUAAACGGACGCCACAACUGCAACUUGAUUGCUGUGAAUCUACCUUCACCGAUCGAUUCCCAGCUGAAGUAAGCCCUUUGUUUCCCCAUUCACCAAAAAGAAGAGGUCAUGCGCAUUCAUAUUGCUUGCCAGAUAUUCAUGCAUCAUUUAACAAUAUGAAGAUCUGCCUUCGAUCACGUAACGGCCGUCACCACGCACCUCCCAGCGCGUUUCAUCCCUAUCCGACACGAUUACUUUGUGCACUGUGGACGUAA